AUGGUGAGGAGUUCCUGGUUCCAGAAUGUUUAUUUGGGCAACAAGGUCCUUCUGUUCCCCAAAGAAGGUGCGACCGCGCACGUGAUUCUGCAUCCGGAGACGUCGAAGCCAUUAGACAAGCUCACCGUCUGCGUUCACUCCUACACAGAACUCAGCCGAGAACAUCCUCUCUUUUCAUUGGCACUCAAAGCCUCUGGAAAGGACAACAUGUUCCUCAUCUUCCCAAGGCCACCCAACGUUUGCUCCGUUUACAUCAACCAGGAAGAAAUCCGCAUGAAGAUAGACACAGAGGUUCUAGAGUGGAAACACACGUGUGUGAGCUGGGACUCCGGAACCGGAGUCAUCGAGCUCUGGGUCAACGGGAAACUCUAUCCAAGAAAAGUUUCAAACAAAGGAUUUACUAUUCCCGUCCCAUAUAGUAUUAUCUUGGGGCAGGAACAGGAUUCCUUUGGGGGUGGGUUUGACGCCAAGCAAUCCUUUGUGGGCGAAAUAAGCGAUGUCCACAUGUGGGAUUAUGUGUUGACUCCAGAAGACAUCCGGAAGGUUCUGUCUAAUGAGAAGAGCGGAAAUGUCAUCAGCUGGAAUUCUCUGCAAUACGAGAGGAAAGGGGGCGUCCUUCUACAACCAAAACGUGGCUGUGACUCUGUAGGACACACAGACAGCCCGUAUGCUCAAUGUUAA